AUGGAUGUGGAAAGGGCCAAUUUACUUGCCAUCGCUCGCGCUCUUAUUCGGGAUGUAAUCAAGAUGACAAAUGAGGAGAAGCGAAUUGUCUUUGGUGCUUCGCAAAACUCGGAUGGGAAUAGCGAAAAAACCGGAACGCAUGCAGAACUGCUCAUUCAAAUGCUAUUGACUGUGAUUGAGCAUUGUCUUUGUCAUGGAUUGCGUAAGGAGUUCCCCUCGCUAGAUGCACUUCCGAAUCAGUCUGAAACAGCUUCCUCUCUGGAGGUGUUCCGCAAUUCCGCUUCAGCUUUACGACGGGCUAAAGAUCAGGUCAUACAAACUGCUAAUAAUAUACUGGCAGCACCACGCUCAAUGCCAAAUCCAUGGCCUGUUGUACUGCAUAUGGAACAGUGCCACCCAGUUUCAGAGAAACUCAGUACCAAAGUGCAAUCCCUUUCUGAAGUUCGUACUGGCCUGGGGAAGACUCGUGUAUGGAUUCGAUACGCCUUAAUGCAUAAGAUCUCCAAGGCCUCAGCACCAUCUCGAAUACCCAGUCCAGGUUGGGGUUCUUGUCGAGAGCUCAGCAGUCAUGGCCAAAACUCUGGAGGCGGUGGUGUUGCAGCAAUGUAG